UAUUUUUGGAGAUUUUAAAUACAUCUCUUUAGAUUCGGACAGUUAUAUUUUUCGUUUUUAUUUUCUUGAUAGAAAUUUUAUGUCGUGCAUAAUAUUCUAUGCUCGUUGAAGAUUAGAAGAAUUGUUUAUUGUUUUACAGAUACAGAACGAAAUAUCGAGAAAUACUGAAACGCAAACUAAACGAAGAAUAUGUAUUUUUGAUGUCAAUGCAAGGGGAAGAAUAAAAUAAAUGUAAAUCGUAAAUACAGAUUAAAGUUUUAUUAUCCCUGCUUGAAUUCUAGGCUAAACUUUCCUUGCAUGACAUUGCGUAAGAAAUGAGGUUAUCUUUUAAACAAUCUCUGUAUUUUUAUUUCCCGUACUCUCUUAUAUUAAAACUAGAGUUUUAUGCAAAAUAGUAACCGAAUUGCAAAUUUGGGCCAAAGUUACACAUAAUGGUGACCGUAAUAUGUAACACGGGCGAACCGUGUUUUUUUCUAGAGAAAUUCUAGUAAAAGAAGAUGGUACUUUCAAAAAGGCGGGAGAUAUUAUUGUUAACAAGAAAUAUGCUGAUACACUCCGAAUACUUAAAGACUAUCCAGAAGAUUUUUACACAGGAAAUAUCUCGAAGUCAUUUUUAAGUGAUGUCAACAGCAAUAAUGGUAACAUGACGGCGAACGAUUUAAAAAAUUACAAAGUUUUAGAGAAAGUACCUACAACCACAACAUUGAAUGGAUUGACACUUCAUACAACUCCUUUGCCAGGAGGUGGUUCUGUUUUAAUACACAUCUUAAAUAUGGUAAAAGGGUAUAAGUUCAACGCAUCAUAUUUGGACACUGUUGAUGAGAAAGUGUUAACAUAUCACAGAAUUGUGGAAAGUUUUAAAUUUAGCUAUUCGAAACGUCCACAUCUUGGUGAUCCCGAUAAAGUACCUGUUGAAAAUAAAACCGAAUUCGAUAAGAUGAAAGAAGACAUAAUAAGUCUAGCGAAGGCUGAAAUGAAUCGUAUGAAAGUGAAUGACACUUCCACGCAAAAAAAUAGUUAUUACGAUCAAUUUUUUACGACAACUGAAGACGAUGGUACUACACAUGUUUCAGUGAUUGAUAAAGAUGGGAAUGCUGUAUCAGCUACGGAUACGAUCAAUUUUGCGUUUGGCGCAAAAUUUCGAUCAAUGAAAACUGGUAUUAUAUACAACAACGAACUAGCUGAUUUUUUCUUAAACUCCACUUACGGUGAUAAAUAUCCAACGCCAUUAUAUAAUGCUCCCGGUGCUGGACCUCUUUCAUCGACCUGUCCGUCAAUUUUAGUUGAUAAAGAUGCAGUUUUGCGUCAAAGCAUAAAAAAUAAUGAGAUAAGAAGUGUUAUCAUCAAGAAGUUGAUGCUUUCGUACAAUCUAACUUCGGCUGUGGAAGAUGCUCGUCCGCAACACGCAUUUUUUCCAGAAUACAUUCGAAAUGAAAAAGGGUACCUCCUCUCCGACGAUAUUGUGGAGGGAUUGAAAAAAAAGAAUCACAGAAUUCUACAAUCCAGUCUUAAUGCUAUAGUUCAAGGUAUAUAUGUUGACGGUGGGAAAAUUUACGCGAAAUCUGAUCCCAGAAAAGAAGGUGUGGCAGCUGGAUAUUAAUUUCGUACACGAAUACAAUGUUACCAUAUUUAAUGAAAGUUGGAAAAUAUGUUCACAACAUUCUAAUUAUAAUUCUACGAUAAUAACACAAACAUUGAACAAGCGAAGUAAGAGGCUGAGAAACAAAUUUUUUUGAAUGUUUUUCACCUUUAAUAAUUAAUAAUUACACCUUUUAUAAAUUUUAAAUGAUUUUCCUUGAGAUGUUGCAUUUAUGGCCUGUAUAAUGCAAUGUGCAGCCUUGUCUCGCGGUAACGUAAGAACCGUGAAAUUAAGACUUUCGCGUCUAGAUUUAUUCGGGAAACGUUUUGAAUAAAAACUGGCAGAAAAUCAAGAGUGAAACGUAAAAUUUUGAUUAUAUGGAUUAUUUUUAUAUUAUUCCAGCUAGUUAGGAUUUCUAUAGAAAACCGAAAACAUUUCAGUGGAACAAUUUCUAGUAGUGAGAAUUGUAAUAGAUGACACAGGUCUGUUAACCGCUUGAUUGAUUAGCAGAACAAUAUAGCUAGUAGGUGA